CUGGAGGAGUGGUGAGGGAGGCAGGAGGAGCUGGAGGAGCCGGCUGGCAAUGAGCAGCAGAGCUUUAAAUCAGGGAAGGAGAGCGGCCCGGAGAUAGGCGACCUCUGCCCUCCUGUCACCAGUCCCGACUGACGCCGCGACAUGGACUUACAGAAAACGGUUAUGGAUUAUAAAGAAAUUGCUCUACAAUAUGUGCUUGACAUCCGAAGCUUUCUGAAUGAUUCUCUCAAAGAACUUGAACCAUGCCACCUUAUAAUACUGACAUUUGCCUCCACAUUGGUGGUGGUAUGGGUGUAUAACUUUGUCUUUCAACGAGAGAGUAUAACGUCCAGAUGUAAGAAGCAAUUUUUCCGCUUGGUCCGGAAAUUGCCUUAUAUAGGUUCAAAGAUCCAGAAGGAACUGGAUAAAGCAUUAAAUGAUAUGGCUCAUAAAGUGCUAAAUGCAAAAGAUGGAAUGAGCUUUGUGAAAACCCUCCCACGCAGUGGACUAAAGCAAGAACAAGUUAUGGAGAAGCUGAAAGAAUACACUGCUCUAGGGGAGGUAUCUUGGGAACAAGGCAAAGUGUCUGGAACAGUUUAUAGUGGAGAUGAACAGCUUACCCAACUUCUUGUGAAGGUGUAUGGAGAGUUUGCAUGGAGUAACCCUUUACAUCCUGAUGUUUUCCCUGGUGUGCGUAAAAUGGAAGCUGAAAUAGUAAGAAUGGCGUGUAACCUUUUCAACGGUGGCCCUGAGACAUGUGGAGCAGUGACAUCUGGAGGUACUGAAAGCAUUUUGAUGGCCUGUAAAGCAUAUAGAGAUUUGGCAUAUGAAAGAGGAAUAAAGUACCCAGAAAUCGUCGCUCCAGUAAGUGCCCAUGCUGCAUUUGAUAAAGCUGCUCAUUACUUUGGAAUGAAAAUGGUGCAUGUUCCCCUGGAAAAUAAAACCAUGAGAGUGGAUGUGAAGGCCAUGAGAAGAGCAAUCUCUAAAAACACAGCUAUGCUGGUUUGUUCUGCCCCACAGUUUCCACAUGGUGUUAUUGAUCCUAUAGAAGAAGUCGCAAAGCUGGCAGUAAAAUACAAAGUUCCAUUUCACGUGGAUGGCUGUUUAGGUGGAUUCCUCAUUGUGUUCAUGGAGAAAGCUGGCUUCCCUCUUCCGCCAUUUGACUUUAGGGUCAAAGGAGUGACCAGUAUCUCAGCAGACACUCAUAAGUAUGGCUUCGCUCCUAAAGGGUCUUCAGUAAUACUAUAUAGCCACAAGGACUAUAGGCAUUAUCAGUUCUUUGUCACCUCAGAUUGGCCAGGAGGACUGUAUGCGUCUCCCUCUAUAGCUGGGUCUCGACCUGGUGGCAUUGUAGCUGCUUGUUGGGCAACAAUGAUGCACAUGGGAGAAGAUGGAUAUGUUCAAGCCACCAAGAAUAUUAUUUCAACUGCACGAUUAAUCAUAAAAGAGUUGCAAAAAAUGAAAGAAAUAUUUAUUUUUGGAAAUCCUGAAGUUUCAGUAAUAGCAAUUGGUUCAGAGGUUUUUGAUAUCUAUCGCUUGUCCAACUCUCUGACUGCGAAAGGCUGGAAUCUGAAUACACUCCAAUUCCCACCAAGUAUUCAUAUAUGUCUGACAUUGCUGCACACAAAACCUGGAGUAGCACAACUUUUUGUGAAGGAUAUCCAAGACUCUUUGUCAGUAAUAAUGGAAGAUCCUGGAGCCAAAACUACUGGAGUGGGUGCAAUCUAUGGGAUGGCACAGACAAUUCCUGAUCGGUCCUUGGUCACUGACAUUUCGAAAGCCUUCCUGGACUGUUUGUAUCUCACAGAGUUACCACCCAGUGCCAAACAGAUAAAUGGCUCACCUGGAAACCACUAGACAUUACUACUUUCCUUAAGGCGGUACUAUUCACAAUGGUUACACAGGGCAGCAGAAUCUUAGAGACUGCUUCUUUGUACCUUUUUUACUUUUGUUGACUUUCAGGGGACAUGUCUUUUUGAUAUUUUAAAAGCCCAGUGAGUAAGGUACUUGUUGCCUAGAAGAUUUUUCCUUACAUACAGAUUGUACAUGAAUUAUCUGUCUCAAAGUUCUGAGAAUUCUUUGUAGCAACGUGUUUAUCUUUAAACAGUGUCUUUCUCUUUAAUAUGUUUUCACAUGUUCCCUUCUGUUCCUACUUAAAAUCAUGUCUGUUUCACAUAGUUUUGAUGUUCUGAAUAACUAUUGCAUCACAUUAUUCUCACCUGAUACAUUUUCUGUGGUUUUUUUUUGUAUUACCAUCCUACUCCUUUUAUUAUGGUCACAGCAAAAAAAAGUUCCAAAAUAGAUGUUCAGGCGUUAAUGCUCGGGUAUGCCAUCAGUGUGCAGUCAAUGGAAGUUCAACCCCUGAGAUCAUCCCAUCAUUAGAACAAAAUGGUAGCAUUAGGACAGUCUCGCACAAUGGAACUCUUGUACAUGAUUAGUGAGUAUAGUGUAGUUGGUGAUAUAUGGAGAGACAAAUCAUCAGAAAGUGUUACAGGUAGGAAAUGGUAAUAUGUAAGUGUCCAGCUUCAGCCCAGAAAAGGGGAUUGGAUCUUUACAUGUUGUUCCAGUCUGGGUCAGUAUGGGCAUAAGGGUUCUCAUGUGCAACAGGCUACCAAAAACACAGCACAUUUAUGGUAUGUUCUGAUAUUAGAAUUGGCAUUUGUUAUCUGUAAACAUUUUUGCAUCUUUUUUUUUUUUUUCUUAUUUGGCAUUAAAAUAAAUCUGAAAAAUGGUUGUGGAUUUCUAUGUAAACUUCCACACAUGUGUAGUGACAUUGCUUAUUUGAAAAAUGUUUAAUGACCAGUUAUCUAGUGUAUAAAAAAAAAAAAAACGUUGGGUAGGGCAGAAGUGUCAGAUUGUGGGGGGUCAUGACUGCUGGGACCCCCUGCGAUCUCCAGCUCACCUCCCUGGCUCUCUCCAUGAAUGAAGUAGACCACUGCACUAAGUGCUGACCCACUUGCAUUUGUGUAUCUCCAGCUCUCCCAUAGAGAUGCAUGGAGGGGGCAUGUUGGCCACCACUUUAUGCCGGACUACUAUUUUAAAUGCACAGUUACAUUCCAUACAUGGCUAUCCUUUACUUGUUACAGGACAGAGGUUAUGGAUUAUUUUCUAUCCAAUACUCCUUUUUUGUUUGCAUGUGAUAACAGGCAGAGCUCAGGCAUGUACGUGUUCUGUGCAUGAGUAUAGCUGUAGGGGGUUCACCCUGGUCCUUCCAGCACCAAACCCCAAUCACCAAAAGGUGACUGGGUAUGAAACCCCUCUACUUAUAAAUUCCCCUCUUACAGAAUAUUUGGGAUGUAUUAAAAUGUCACUUUUAGAGAUGAGCGAACUUACAGUAAAUUCGAUUCGUCACAAACUUCUCAGCUCGGCAGUUGCUGA